GUGUGAAAAUCUCUGCGGAUAAUGUGACUCUCGUGCCUCUUAUUUACCAUUGAAGAUGUUUAUAAGACACCUCUACCGCGUGUAGUGAAACAGUUAAGUGUAAAUCUUAGAUCCAGGUGAUCCAGCCCAAAAUGUGCAGUGUUGCGAAUCUCAAUCUUAGCGAAAAUGACAUCAGAAAUAUCUGUCGUCGGUAUUUGGUGCGGGAAACUUGCAACUAUCGCAAAUUCCACGUAGAUUCUUGUGAAGUUGAUACGUUGGGAGAUUCACCGGCGGGUUUCAUAGCCAAUCACUAUAUCUUGACUGUGCAUAUUAGUGAGAAGGUCGUAGGGUACAGUGAUGAGAAGAGAUCACUCAACUCCCAGACCGUUUCGUUCUUCGUUAAAGUCUUCCCGGAUGACAUUAAGGAACGGGCCGAAUAUGCCGAGGAGAUGAAGGUAUUCCAGAAGGAGAAUGAUCUGUAUUCGUAUUUGCUGCCUAGGCUGCAGGAUAUAGGGAUAGGGGCUAAGGAAUGGGCUGCUCAGUCGUAUUUGGCCAAGGAUGAUAGGAUCCUCGUGAUUGAGAAUCUCAAAGUGGACGGAUUUAAAAUGGCAGUUAAUCAGGGGAGAGGAAAUUUCGAUUUUGACCACCUGUCCAUGGCUCUAGACGUCUUGGCACGCUUCCAUGCUUGCGGAAUCGUCCUGGAAGACCGUUCCCAUACCCCAGUGGUGCAGAUGUACCCUGAUUGUUUCGAGGAGAAUGGUUAUCCGGAUGAUGUCAAUCAUAUCCGAAUUACCGGCCUACGCAAUGCCAUCCUAGCUCAUUUGGAGCUUAUCAAGAGGAUUCCUAAGUAUCAAAACAAUCAAAUUCUAUCGAAGAUCCUUCAGGAAUACCCAAAGACUGUGAUGAAGAUUGUCGAUUUCGUCAAAAUAUCUGAUCAAUUUAAGAACGUCGUGAGUCAUGGAGAUCUCUGGGCCAAUAACAUCAUGUUCAAGUACGAAGAAGUUGAUAAAGAGAAGAAAGCUUUGAAACCAAUCGACGGACGUUUGGUAGACUUUCAACUCGUUAGAUACGCUCCUCCUGCACUUGACGUCGUUACCCUUAUUUGCAAUACAACUGAUAGUGUCCUACGACAGGACAAACUGGACAUCCUCCUCGAAGGAUACUACAAGAGACUCACUAAAGAACUAUCAAGAUUCGGAAUUGUUGCUGAAGAUAUCAUUUCUUGGGAUGACUUCCUCGAGAGCUACGAAUACUACAAACUAGCCGGAUUGAUUGAGAGCGUCCUGUUUGGGCAUCUGACAACGCUUCCACCGGAAAUAUCCACUGAACUCCUUGGGUCAUCCGAGACCUUUGGUGACUUUAUCAAAUCCGAUACCAGAGUCAAAUUCUGCAUAAAAGCUUUCGAGACAGAUUCAAAUUACCGAAAUCGUUUGACUGAUUCAUUCUGCCAAAUCAUCGAUAAUUACAUUCUUCCUAAUGAAUAAUAAAGAUUUAUAAAUCAUUUAUACUACUCAUCUUUUUCAAAAUAAUAAAUUAAUUGAAAUAUA